AUGGGAAGUGGAAUACCUUUCAUUUCAGCUCUGGAAUUAAGAGUUUUGAACAAUAGCAUCUAUGGAAUUGGAUCUGGGUUCUUGAGGAAUAUUUGCAGGUACGACAUGGGAACAAGCCCUGAAUCAUUUACAAGGUACCCAUUGGAUGUUUAUGAUCGCAUCUGGUGGGGCGAUCUUAAUUACUACCGGCUUUUGCCCAGCGCCGGAGCAUCUGCUACAUCCUUGUCCGACAACAACGAUGCGUACAAGGUUCCAGGGGAAGUUCUUAUGACCGCUGCAACCAUGAGCAACGGUAAUUCAUCCUUGGGAUAUAGUUGGACACCCCCGAACCCAUACGUUCCUCCAGGUAAAUGGAUCUUCUACGUCCAUUUUGCCGAAACCCGGAGUUUGCCUAAUGGCCAACAAAGGGAGUUCACAGUUUCCAUCAAUGGUAAUCAAUUCACAAAGAUUGUGACGCUCGAGUACUUAAAGCCAGUGACUAUAGUCUCCACUCCGGUUACUGGGUCCCAGAUCAACAUCUCGAUCAGUCGCACAUCAAAUGAAUCUCCAUAUCUGCCAAUCCUUAAUGCCAUCGAGAUCUUCAGCAUUGUUGGAGUCCCCAAUGUUCAAACAGCCGAAGAUGAUGGUAUUUCCCCUACUUACACAUGUUUUUCUAGCGCCAAUUCGAAUGUUUUGCUACCAGAAGUCUUCUAA